CUCAUUGUAACAUUUCCUGUGUUGAUUUAGAGAGGGAAUGGGAGGGCAGUGUGCUUGUGUGUUUUCUGCAAAGUUCCUCCCGAUUGGACGAGAGAUGUCGGGCAUUCCCCUUCCUCUCCAUGCUGUAAAAGAGUGCCGAAGAGCCUAUGGCAGCGCGCGCUUCCUCCUCCCACUAUGUGCGCCAAAGUUGGCCACUUAAACUCCUCUCAGGCAGCAAACAGCAGCUGUAAUCACAACUAGCAGAUCCUCUCACUAAUAUUUACACACAGUUGCUUCAGAGAACACUGCAUGCUUUACUCUGCCCUUGUUUUUGGUUAUUCACUGUAAGAACAACUUUUCUUCUGCACACUGGUGCGCGCGCGCUUGUGUGUGUGUGUGUGUUUGGAUUUGUUUUUAAAUUCUUUGGAUCCGUUACAGUUUCCACGGCGCAAACAACACUGGAUCUUUCUGUGUGAUUGAUUUCUUUCAUUUAUUAGUGAGAGUUUCAAUAGUUUUGGGAGUAGCUGGAAUGGCUACUUUACCAGGAACAGUUCCUCGAAUGAUGCGGCCAGCUCCAGGCCAGAACUACCCCAGAACCGGAUUCCCAUUAGAAGUCUCAACGCCUCUGGGUCAAGGUCGAGUGAACCAGCUCGGUGGAGUUUUCAUCAACGGAAGGCCACUGCCGAAUCACAUCCGACACAAAAUAGUGGAAAUGGCCCAUCACGGCAUCCGACCCUGCGUGAUCUCCAGACAACUGCGGGUCUCACACGGCUGCGUGUCCAAAAUCCUCUGUCGGUACCAGGAGACCGGCUCCAUUCGUCCGGGAGCAAUAGGUGGAAGCAAACCCAGGCAAGUUGCAACACCCGACGUUGAAAAGAGAAUCGAGGAAUACAAACGCGAGAAUCCCGGGAUGUUCAGCUGGGAAAUCCGGGAUAAGUUGCUGAAGGACGGGGUGUGUGACAGAGGCACGGUUCCUUCAGGUGAGGCCUCUUCCGUUAGCUCCAUUAGUCGGGUUUUGAGAGCUCGUUUUGGCAAGAAAGAUGACGAUGACGACUGUGAUAAAAAAGAUGAAGACGGAGAAAAGAAAACCAAACACAGCAUCGAUGGGAUUCUCGGGGACAAAGGUAAUCGUACGGACGAGGGUUCAGAUAUAGAGUCGGAGCCGGACCUGCCCCUGAAGCGGAAACAAAGACGCAGCCGUACCACCUUCACGGCGGAGCAGCUGGAGGAGCUCGAGAAGGCCUUCGAGAGGACACACUACCCCGACAUCUACACCCGAGAGGAGCUCGCACAGAGGACCAAACUGACCGAGGCUCGUGUACAGGUCUGGUUUAGCAACCGAAGAGCAAGGUGGCGCAAACAAGCAGGAGCCAAUCAGCUGGCAGCGUUUAACCAUUUGUUGCCCGGAGGGUUUCCGCCUACCGGCAUGCCAACCUUAUCGACCUAUCAGCUUCCAGAGUCGACGUAUCCAGGCACGGCUCUCUCGCAAGAUGGCAGCAGUACUUUACACCGGCCACAGCCUCUGCCUCCGUCCUCCAUGCAUCAGGGUGGGCUUUCGGCGGACACCGGCUCUGCCUACGGGCUCUCCUCCAAUCGACACUCCUUCUCCAGCUAUUCAGACACGUUCAUGAGCCCGUCAGCUUCGGGCAACCACAUGAAUCCCGUGAGCAACGGCCUUUCGCCACAGGUGAUGAGUAUUUUGAGUAACCCCAGUGCCGUCCCGUCCCAGUCUCAGCACGAUUUCUCCAUCUCUCCUCUCCACGGUGGUCUGGAGGCAUCUAACUCGAUCUCAGCGAGCUGUAGCCAGCGUUCAGACACCAUCAAGGACAGUCUGGCCUCGUCCCAGUCCUACUGUCCCCCCACAUACAGCGCCACCAGCUACAGCGUGGACCCCGUCACUGCUGGAUACCAGUACAGCCAGUACGGCCAGACCGCUGUGGACUAUCUGGCCAAGAACGUGAGUCUGUCGACUCAGAGAAGGAUGAAGCUGGGCGAUCAUUCGGCAGUGCUGGGACUCCUCCAGGUGGAGACAGGACAGGCUUACUGAAGCUUCACACACACCUCCUGAGCUCCCCCAGCUGGAGCUCUUCAUUCCCAAGACGAGACUCUCGCCAUUCCGAGAUUCGGGCCAUGGACCUCUAACUCGGACAGAACGCAUUCCCAAAACGUACUUUCACCUUGCUGUGCAUAGUUGUGUAUGAAUCAGUGUCAUUACAACGGAUAAUCUCGCUUGUUUUCUAUCGGUAUUGUUAUUACGAUUGCCCUUACAGUUGCUGUAAUUAUGAUUAUCGUAACUAUUGUUUUCGUUUCGCUGUUUCAAGAUCCACACGUAGCAUUUUUUUUAUUCAUUUGAACACUAAGGGUUUUUUUUAAUGUGAAAUGCUAGCAGUGGGCUAGUGUGUGUGUGUUGAAAGUGUGACUGCUGGUUUUCCGCUUUCCGGGUUCCCUCGCCCCGAGCGGUUUGACCUUCUCCGCUUCAUUUUUCACUUGACAUUCCAUGCAAACCAUGGCCACUCUGCGGGACGCCUGGCUUUAGGCUUUCUGCUGGGAAUCAGCUGUGCGUUUAGAGGACCAGGCGUUUCUCUCUCGCUCAAAUCCCUGUUUCGUCUAUAGUGAUCAUCUAGGAGGGGAGGGGGGAGAAAACAGCAUUGUUUGGAAAACAAUUGUGAACUUUAUUCUUGAAUUCUCUAGAAAGAAGCAACACUUUGUCCUCGAACUAUAGAAGACAAAAAAA